AUGGCAAAUUACGUAUCAACUUCAGAUUAUGAUAACAGGCCCAACUCCUACACUGGCCAAGUGUAUGACGGGCUGUUCCAUGGUGCUGGAGUGUUUUACUACGGUGACAAUGAACGCUACGAGGGGGAGUUUGCCAUGGGAAAACGUCAAGGACAUGGAAAAUUUUAUUACUCCGAUGGAUCCAUUUAUGAAGGGGAUUGGCUGGAUGAUAAAAUCACUGGUCACGGCACGGCCGUAUUUGCCUCCGGAAAUCGCUAUGACGUAGGUUCGUGGGAGAAUGGGAGGAUUUCUGGAUAUGGUUGCUUGAAAUAUUCAAAUGGAGACGAAUAUGAGGGAGAAUGGCUUGACGGUUGUAUGCAUGGCCAAGGAACGUAUCGUUACGCUGAGGGAGAUGUUUAUUGUGGAGAGUGGAGGCAGGAUAGGAGGCACGGUAAAGGAACCGUUACCUAUGUAAACCAUGAUUUGAGCUUUUCCGAGCAAUAUGAUGGUGAUUGGAUGGAUGGGAAAAUGCAUGGAAGAGGAAAGUACAGUUAUGCCGACGGUGGUGUAUAUGAUGGUGAUUGGGUUGAUGGCAGAAUGCAUGGAAAGGGUCGAUAUAUGUUUACCAAUGGCAAUACUUACGAUGGAGAAUGGGUCAACGAUAUGAAGGAGGGAUACGGAAUAUUGGAGUAUGAAAAUGGGGAACGCUAUGAAGGCUAUUGGGUGAACGAUAAGGUCAAUGGUAAAGGAACACUCCAUUACGCUGGAGGGGACAAAUACGUUGGUGAAUGGGUAGAAUCGAGGAAGGAAGGUCCAGGAGAAUUAAUUUACGCCUGUGGAGACAGAUUUAAGGGUACAUGGCAUAAAGAUCGCGCAACUGGAUAUGGAAUCUUCGAGUAUUCCAAUGGUAACAGGUACCAAGGCGAUUGGUUGGAUGAUAAAAGACACGGUAUGGGCGUAUUUUACUGUAAUGAGGAUGGCAGUACUUAUGAAGGCGGGUUCCUGAAUGGUAGAAAGGAUGCCCGGGGCACGCUUACAUUUCGUUCGGGGCAUUUUAUUGACGGCGUAUGGCAACAUGGAUUGUUGAUAAAGAUCAAUAAUUUUUCAUUAAGCCCUAAUUCGCCUUGGAAUAACCCUGAUUUGUAA